AUGGCUCUCGUAUCACUAUCCCACGACUUGAAGCUAUACCUUAUGCGCGGCAUGGCGCCAUAUGAUGUCGAAGGCCUCGCUCUGACAUGUCGAGACAUGCUUAGCGUUGCGCAGGAGGCCAUGAGCGAGCGCCAAUACCAGCUGCGGAAGCGAUACCACACUGUAGAAACCGGUGUAGGCAUACCGCAUUCUAUUCCAGAGCUUCUCUGCCAUAUUGCGGCGGAUCCGGAGAUUGCCCAGCACAUUGUGCAUCUCGAUUUAAACAAUCGAAUACGACUGAGGCCUUACGGCCACGAAAUCGAAGACAGUGCCAAACAAAAUAUGGAGGAUGGAUCUAACGCCUUACGCAAACUGAUUGAUGAAUCGACUCACAUUGCCAAGCUUAUCGAUUACCCAGACUUUGCGCAAGAGCUAUUUGAGCACAUGAACAGCGAGAAUCGUGAGACCCUCGUGGUGGACGCACCACUCGUAUUUCUCUUGUCCUUGCUGCCGAAUCUCGAAUCAAUCGCUCUUUCUGGAGACUGGGUUGUUGGUACCGCCGCGCCAGAUAUCCGCCACAGGUGGCAUGAGCCUGCAAAUGCCCAGCUUGAUAGAUUCGAGAGUGGCACCCGCGAUCUCAUGGCAUUGCUUGUGGAACGUGCCAACGAUGAGACUCUCGUGGGGGAGCCACUGUCUAAACUGCGCGUCCUACAUCCGAUGAGGGAUGUAGAUACACAGUUUGGUGUGGAUAUGAUAGCAGUACUGCCGUUUCUUGCUCUGAAGUCUCUACGUGAGGUGCACUACGCAUAUGGAUACUGUGACCCGCCAAAAAUGGAAGAUGAUGCUCCUCAAAACAACAACGAAGAGGCAGUUGAGAAUGGCGCAGAAGACGGCGUCGAAAAUAUCGAAAAUGAGGAUAAUGGGCAAUACAGUCAAAACAGUGACGACGCUGGCAAUGGUGAGGGCCAGGACAGUGGCACUGAAGGCAACGAGGCAGAUGAUGAUGACGUCGGGAGUGAAGAUGAUGCCAACGAAGAUGGCGCAGGACAGGACGACGACCAUGACGAUGAUGACGAUUCGUACUAUUCUGAAGACGAAGAAUCAGUCCAAGACUACGAAGGCCCCGAGGACUACUUUCCCUACGCAUAUUAUAUCCACGACAUAAAAAGUCGAGUCUUGUGCGCGAGAUAUCCCGUCCUCGGGCCCAACAUCGAAUCCAUGAGACUAGAAGAGUGCAACAUGGAGGCAGGCGCUAGCGAACUCUUCUUCCGCCAUAUGAAGCGCCUGAAGACGCUGCACUUUGAGUAUUCCAUGAAGGAUGAGCAUGGCUCUUACUGGGACGUCAAUGGCUUUGUUCGGGACCUGGCCAACGAACUGGGGUCCACGCUCGAAACGCUCGUCCUUGCUGCUGGCUACGUGAGCGAUGACAGUUAUGUUAUCCGCCAGCGCAUGCACGGCUUCAAGGUGCUGAGGCAUAUGGAACUCAGUACCGUCUUUUUCGUCAAUGGCAUUGCGUGCAUUGGAGGUGACUCUGCGGACUCGAGGGAAGAUGAUGGCAUUACCGUUGAUCCCCUGCGCCCGCUGACCCUCCUGCUGCCGCCAAGCCUCGAGUCGUUCCGCCUCGUGGUACCAGUCUGUGACUUUGAAAUAAUGAAGGUGUUGUUUAAAGGGUUUCAGGAGGACCGACAAGAGUUUCUGCCGCGGCUGGCCAAGGUCGAGGUGGAGGUGAGAGUCUCAUCGUAUUAUGGUCGAGAACUGCCGGAUGCGGAGGAGAAAAAGGCUCUCAUCUGGGAAUUUGCUCGCGAAAAUGGAUUCACCGUCAUUGAUUAG